UGGAGCGUUACCAGGGAAACGGCGUACGAGGCUACGUGACGCUGGGUCUAACAGGCUCCAGGCAGCUAGCGGAACCGCGUCCAGAGCUUCGGGUCAUCCGGACGGAAUUUCUGCGGACAAAUGAACGCGUGACGCCGCCGCUGGGCUCCGCUGCGGUCCGGUGCGGUCCGCUGCGGUCCGGUAGUCAGCGGGUCAGCGCGGUUCCGCCGCCGGGAUGGAGCCGAGCUAGCAGCCGGGUCGGCUGGAACGGUCUGGCCUGGGCCCGUGGUUCUCCUGCCGCCCAGGUUCUGGAUGUGGGAAGCGAUGAGGAGCGGCGGACCGAACCGUUCCCCCGGACCCGAACUCCAGUGCUAGCAGGAUGGAGGUGUGCGGCAGGAACCCAAACCGCACGGCGCCGGUGGGAGGAGGCGGGCCCGGGUCUGAGGCGGCGCUCUGCUCACGGACCAAUGGGUGGAGCUGGCCGCCGCAUCCCUUCCAGCUGCUGGCGUGGCUGCUCUACGCCUUCUUUGCCGUCACCGGCUUUGGCGUGCUGGUGCCGCUGCUGCCCCCCCACUGGACCCCCGCCGGCUACAUCUGCACGGGCGUCGUCUUCGUCUUCCACCUGUGCGUCCACGUCCUGGCCGUGUCCGUCGACCCGGCCGACUACAACGUGAGGACCAAGAGUGCCAGCGGGCCGGUGCCCGUGUUCGACCGCUCCAAGCAUGCCCACGUCAUCGAGAACUGCCACUGCUACCUGUGCCAGGUGGACGUGGGCCCCAAGUCAAAGCACUGCAGCGCCUGCAACAAGUGUGUGGCCAACUUCGACCACCACUGCCGCUGGCUCAACAACUGUGUGGGCAGCAGGAACUACCAGUUGUUCCUCCACAGUGUGGUCUCGGCUCUGCUGGGGGUCUGUCUGGUUCUGGUCUUCGCCGCCUAUGUGUUCAUCGAGUUCUUUCUGGACCCGUCCAAACUGCGCAGCGACGAGCACUUUCUGGUGCAGAAUGAGACGGGCGUGUGGUUCGUCUUCCUGCCUGUGGCUCCUCUCAGGUCGGCAGCAGCAGUCAUUCCUGUUCUGGCCGCCGUCACCGUCGCUCUGGGCCUGCUGUCGUCUGUGCUGCUCCUCCACCUGCUCUGCUUCCACAUCUACCUGAUGUGGAACAGGCUCAGCACCUAUGAGUACAUAGUGCGACAGCGCCACCGUCUGGACAGCAGAGACCCGAGGAACGCAGCGGCAGUGAAGGAGACCAGACCCCCACCUGUCGUCCAGGACGGGAACUACUCAGGGACUCUGGGUUACACCAACCCUCAGCUGGACACGCAGGAGCCCACUGCACAGGGCGACGCAGACUUCCUGGCCAAUGGCAGAGCGAGGAGUGUGUCCAAUCCUGUCCAUGAGGACGAGGCUCCGCCCACCGUCUCCACAGCCAUGAAAGCACACACACACCGACACACACAGAAGAAGAAAAAGAAGACGCGUCGAGUCCCUGCUGAGGUGACCAGAGAUCACUGUCCGUCUGUAGCUCCGCCCCCAGCAGAACCCAUCGCCUCCUCCGCCUUGUCCCUGGCUCAGCGGCUGCCCUUCCCAGCAUUCCCUCUGAGGGCCUCCCUGCCCCCCCUGGCCCCCCUGGCCCCCCCGGCCCCGGGCUCCGUCAGGGCCGCCGGCCCCCCGGCGGAGUACCACUCAGACUCUGCAGAGUCCCUGGAGGAGAUCCCGGUGGCGCUGGCCAAGCUGGGCUCCUCGUCCUCCGCUGUGGCCCCAGACGGCACCAGGUCGACCCACACGCUGGUCCGGGGCGUCCAGCAGCCGUCCCCCCGUCCCAGGACAAAGAGGAAGACGCCCUCGUCCCGGGCAAACAGGAGCGGUGGCGAGCUGCGCUUUGAAAUGGCGUCCACUCAGCCGCCGUCUGUGUUCGUCAGCCGAGCGAGCGGACAGACCGCCGAGGACCCGGGUCCGGGCCGGAGGCAGACCGGGCCCCGACCGGGCCCCCAGACCGGGCCCAGACCGGGCCUCCAGACCGGGCCUGGCCCCCAGACCAGGCCAGGCCUCCAGGCCAGACCUGCAUCAAGGACGUCCCUGGGCUCCUCCUGGAAGGAGCGGUGACCUGGAGCGGAUCAGAACACGCCGCAGCUUCAGUCUGCUGCCUGAAACGCUGACUUCAUUCUGAAGGGACUCUUAUUUUGAAAGGUUCUGUCUAUUUAAUGUUUUCUUUUGAAAGCCAAAGUGACUUCCUGUGUGGUUGUAAUCACCAUCUCCCCCAGCAUAGACUUCACAGUGUGCUACAUUAGUCCACUCAGCUUUUAUUUCAUUCUUCUGAGUUUUCAGCCAAUCACACAAGUCCUUGCUGUUCUUUGUGUGGCGCCCCCACGUGGUGGAGCUGUGUACUGCAGCUUCCUUAAAGCUUUUCCUGCAGGUUUCCUCAGGAGGACGCUUGUUGUGAGUGUUGUUGGCCCGCAGCACUCAGCAGAGCCUCGUCUCUUCCUCCCCUGCUGAUCUGUCGCACCUAAAAUCUUAAUCCUCAGGUUUCCUGCAGGUGCUGAACCGCUCCUUUAAAUUCUCCUGCUUGGUUUCACUGUUUUACUCCCAAAAGAAACACAAUGUUCAGGUUCUGAUCCUCAGUCUGACAUCCUGCUUCAUCACUCCUGGAGGAUCCUUUGUUCAAUAUCAGCUGAAUGAGUGAAUGAAUGAAUCAGUGAAUGAUUCGUUCAUUCUGACAUCCUGGUUCAUCACUACUGGAGGAUCCUUUGUUCAAUAUCAGCUGAAUGAAUGAAUCAGUGAAUGAUUCGUUCAUUCUGACAUCCUGGUUCAUCGCUACUGGAGGAUCCUUUGUUCAAUAUCAGCUGAAUGAGUGAAUGAAUGAAUGAGUGAAUGAUUCGUUCAGUCUGACAUCCUGCUUCAUCACUAUUGGAGGAUCCUUUGUUCAAUAUCAGCUGAAUGAGUGAAUGAAUGAAUGAGUGAAUGAUUCGUUCAGUCUGACAUCCUGCUUCAUCACUACUGGAGGAGCCUUUGUUAAAUAUCAGGUGGAUUUGUUUCUGUAACUAGAAAAAACUGAAGCUUCUGUUUUAUAAAGAUUAAUUUCACACGA